AUGUCUCAAAAUUAUUCUAAUAAAAACGAAAAUAGACUUUUAAAGAUAACCGUCAGCAAUGAUCAACUAAUUCAAUUACACGAUUCAAACAUACUAGAAAACGAAAAAAGUACUAUAAAAAAGGUUACGUCUUUGAAUACCAGUAGAAUUGAAACAAAGCAAAAACACAAUACUUGUCGAAAAACAUACAAAGUAAAACUUACUAACUAUAAAAAACAGCAGAUUGCAUUUAGAGCAGCAUAUAAUGAAUUAAAAAUGAGCUACGAAUCAUUAAAAAAAUUUAAAAAGGAUUUAUUAUCUGAUAACAACAGUUUGGAAUUGGAAGAACUUGAAGAAUUAGACUACAUAGUUCAAAACACUUUGCAAGACAAAUUUGGAAAAACAUUCUCAAAAGCAGAGGAUUCGUUUAAAAAAGAUCACGCAGUUUUUGUUUUUAAUCGUAAUAUACCAUUAAUGUGGCAAAAUAUUAACUCUACAACUGGUUAUCAAAAAUUAGACUUAUCAAUUAAAGAAGYAUAUAACUAUAUAUGGGAUAAUUAUUUAGCCGUAUCUGAAAGGAAUAUGGAGUAUCAUUUUUGGCUUCAAAAUAUUAUUGAACCAAAUGAAUUCUAUGAUUUACACACUGUUAGAAAAUACUUAAUACAAAACAUGUUUAAUAAAGAACAGACUGCUAUAAACUUAGAAACAAAAUUGAAUGAUUUUUAUAAUAAUUUACAAUUGAAAUUUAUGAAUAUAAUAAGAGAGGCUGAUGAUAUUCUUAAUUUUGAAAACAAAGUUAUUAAAAAAAAUGAAUGUGAAGAAUUAGAAGCAAAUGCAGAAAUUAAACUUCAGAUGGCAAUUGAAGAGCAUAAACAUAAAAUGGAUACAAAAAUAAAGAUGUUAGAAAUGAAAAAUGAGAAGUUGAGACAAAAGGAGUCUGAAUAUUCAACACAAAUAAGAACUUUGUUAGGAGAACUCUCAUUUAGAAACAAUAGAUUGAAUAAUGCUAAUGACCGUGUAAAACUGUUAACGAAAGAAAAAAAUGAUUUGAUUUCUAUGAUACAAAAAAUAGAAGUAAAAAGUGAAAGUUAUCUAACACUUCAAAAUCAAAUUGCAAAAGAGCAAGAAAAAAAUCAAAAUUUAAGAAGUAUUUUAGAAGAAGAAUAUGAAAAAAAGGAAAUUAAUUUUUGA